GAUAUAAUACCAAAUUUCUCAAUUUCAAAUUUAAAAGUAUUAUGGGGAUCAAGGAUUUGGAAAGCACACUCUCGAGGUUGAGAACUUUUGAAGAUGAGCUUGCCGAUCAAGUAGAAGAACGGAAUCGUAUGGUUGAAGUGUUACAACUUACCCCGAGUGCCAAUGAUAAUCUUGAUCUUAUCAGUUACUUGGAAAAGAUUCUGAGAGUGAUGAAGUAUUUUGAAGAAGAUUUUAGUGAUGAAAUCAGGAAAGAUAUCUCAAUAGAGAAUUAUCAACAACUCUUAAAACAAUACCAACGGAUUGUAAAAGUAUACACCGAUCUUACCGAUAAUUUAGAAUCUGACGGUUACAUAGAUGUUUCGGAAUAUAAAUUCAGUAUAGAUGAAAACUUACCAGAACCAAUUCAACUUGGGAAUUCAACAUCGGGAAAGCUGGUAAGAUUUAAAGAUAAAUUAGUUGAAACAGACGUUGAACAUGAAGCUGCACGUCAAGAAUUAUUAGGAAGAAGUAAUAAUACAUUUAUGCCAUAUAGAGAUGAUGAAAAUGAUACAAGUUCUAUUGCAUCUUCUUUUGAUCUUCAAUCAAACCAACAAAUAUUUGCACAACAUCAACAACAAUUACUUGAACAAGACGAUAAUUUAGAUAUCUUACACCUGUCUGUUCGAAGACAACACCAAAUGGGUCUAGGAAUAAAUGAUGAGGUAGAUGAACAUAUAAUAUUACUCAAUGAUCUUGAACAAGGCAUUGACACUGCACAUGCUAGAUUAAACCGAGCAACAAACAGAUUAAAAUCAUUUCAAAAACUUUGCAAGGAAAAUGGAAGUUUAGUUACAAUUGUGGUUCUUACAAUCAUCUUGAUAGUGCUACUUGUUGUAUUGAAUUAAGAUAUUCUCUUUCAAUAAGAUUUUUUUUUAAUGAUAACGAUAAUAAUAAUAAUAUAAUAAUAAUAAGAAUAAUAGUAAGUAUAUAAAUAGGAUUAUUUAUAAUGUUUUUUUAUUGGAGAACUGAAAGGGGACAAUCAGUCUUUAUG